CACCAUUCCAUUUGGCAGCGACAGGAAACAGGGAACAAACUUCAGAGCGCACUAGUACUAUUACGAUGUAAAUUAAGUUGGACCUCAACUACCAUUUUAGGCCAUGGUCAAAUACAGUGCCUACCAGAGAGGGGGCUCGAUGGGAAAUUACAUGUUGACAUGCAUGGUCUAUAAUAGAAUUAUGAUUAUGGCGUCAACGGGUCCCGUCGGGGUCCGAUCUAUUCUACGCAAAUGCAACUGUGCUCCUAGCGAGAUGCUCUGUCUCCAGGAUGUCAGAAGCGAACUGGUGAUAGAUAUGGGGCAUGAUAUACUAAGUACUGCGAUAUCAUCUCCGCGAGGCCCGGUCUUUAUGGGUCCCGCGCAUGGCGUUUCCAGAGAGAUCCCCUCGUCGAUCCAGGUACCACAAUGCUACGUCGAGCUCAUUUCUGGGCCCCUGCGUCAUAAGUCUUUCGAUAUCGAUGGAUUUCACUCCAGAUCCAUCGCUGGUGCAACUUUGCCGCAAGGGUCAACACAGUCCCGCGUCGCUCGGCCGGAUGGCUUCGCAGUAGGCCACCAAGACUCAGAUGUGUGACAUUUGCCAAAAAAGCAUGUACGAAGCGUGUGGCUAUGGCACAAUCAUAAUAUGCGUAUGACAUUGGUCAGGUUCCAGACCAUCCAG